CCUAGAUACCGGAAACGUGGGUUUUUUAAACUUGCCAUGUUUGAUAGUAUGAGUGAAACAUCCAAACAGAAACAAAUACCAACAACUAAUCAUGAAAAGUUAAUUGAAUCUCAUUUAAUAAAAACAGCUCAAAUAUUAGAAGAUACAUUAGAUGAACAAAUUAAUCGUUUGGAUAAUUUAAAUGAUGAUGAUUUAGAAGCUAUUCGUAAACUUCGAAUUAAGCAAAUGAAAGAAGAAUCAAAACAACAUUCUGAAUGGUUAGCUUUGGGACAUGGUGUUUAUUCUGAAUUAUCAAGUGAAAAAGAUUUUUUUACUACUUGUAAAACAUCAUCAUUUGGUCUUGUUUGUCAUUUUUAUCGUGAUUCAACAUUUCGAUGUAAAAUUUUAGAUAAACAUUUAAGUUUAUUAGCUUCAAAACAUAUUGAAUGUAGAAUGGUAAAGAUAAAUGCAGAGAAAGCACCAUUUUUAACAAAACGAUUAAAUAUUCAAGUGAUACCAACUUUAAUUCUUGUUAAAAAUGAAAAAGUAUGCGAUCGUAUUAUUGGAUUUGAUGAACUUGGUGGUCAUGAUGAAUUCUCUACUGCUAUGCUUGAAUGGCGUUUAGCUAUUGGUAAAGUGAUUAAAUAUUCUGGUGAUUUAACAGUUCCACCAGAUAUGAAUAAGAAGAAAAAGUCUACAUGUAGUAAUUUAUCAAGUAUUACUACAAAACUAUAUGACAAUAAAUCUAUGUAUAAUAAGUGUUUUGACAAUAACAAUGGUGAUGAUGAUAACCAAGAUAGUGAUUAAUUAGUUGUUGUUAUGCUAGUUGUAACUUCCUCUCUAUCUAUAUAACAAUUCAGUUUUACGUGGCAAUUGCUUUUUUUAAUUUUGUAACCAUUAUCUCUAUACGCACAUGUAAACAUAUAGAAAUACAAAUUACAAAUCAUAUUUUACUUUGGAAUAAUGUGUCUGAGUUUUUAACUUCUUCAAUGUCAGCAAGAAAAAUAAAUAGGAAUACAACGGGUAAAGGUUGAUUAUCACUUUAUUGUAAUAGAAAGACAACGCCUCUCUCUCUCUCUCUCUC